AUGACCGUGGAAGGCAGUUGGCAUAAAUCCCAUCAUUUUCGCCCUGUGAAAGGAGCCUUUACUUCCUUGACGUUGUACCUCAAACUUCACCUUUACCCGUUUCACUCGCUGGGCGUGCUCGAUUACCAUCAUGAGAUAUAUAAGAUCUCUGACUACAGCAAUGAUGUUAAUGGGGAGACCAAAGAAACACAACCAGUUUUUUUAGGAGAUGAAAGCCGGGAAAUUAAAAAACAAAUUACAGGGAUGAGAAGAUUACUGAAUGACAGCACUGGAAGAAUCUAUCAACGAGUUGGCAAAGAAGGAGAAAAACUGAAGGAGGAGCCCCAAGAUUUAGACUUAGCCUGGGCCCAGCGCCUGAAUCCCUCUGCCGAGUCACAGGCGAGCCUUCAUCCUUCACAGAGCGGUGCAUGGAAUGAAUUAUCACCCCAAGCUAGCCAUUUUUCAGGGCAAUACGGAACUCGAUCCAAAACGUUCCAAAAUCAAACACGAACCGUGGCAUCCAAUGGAGAAAUCCCAAUGGUGAAUUCAUCAGUUGGACCAAACUGCUGUACAUGUAAUUGCCAGUCAACCCUACAGGCUAUUCUUCAAGAGCUCAAGACCAUGCGAAAAUUGAUGCAAAUUCAAGCAGUUGGGACUCAAAACAGACAGCAGCCUCCUGUUCCUCUGAUUUGCGCACAGAAGUCAACUAUAUCAAGAAAGAGGAAUAAAAAGAAAAAACUGCCCCUCAAAACUGUUGAACCAAUUACCAUGAAUAAGAAACUGAACAUUGCGGAGAACGAAAAGAAGCUAUCAGCAAACUCGGAACGAUCGAGUCUGCAAGCAGUUGAACCCCCCCUAAAACCAGAAACCCCUGUUUCAGGAUUUGGAAUUAUCCUUGAAUCGGCUUCAUCAGAUCCAGAAGUGCAACUUGCAGAAGGCUUUGACGUCUUUAUGCCGAAAUCUCAGCUGGACUCUAUAUUAUCAAACUAUACUCGCUCAGGAAGUCUGCUCUUUAGGAAGCUGGUCUGCGCAUUUUUUGAUGACAAGACUUUGGCUAACUCUUUACCAAACGGCAAAAGGAAAAGAGGGCUCAAUGACAACCGGAAAGGACUAGACCAAAAUAUUGUGGGUGCAAUAAAAGUCUUUACAGAAAAAUACUGCACUGCUAACCAUGUGGAUAAACUUCCUGGUCCUAGGGACUGGGUCCAGAUUCUUCAGGAUCAGAUUAAACUUGCAAGAAGACGAUUAAAAAGAGGCUCAGCAGAGGCAACUGACUGUGAUGAGAAGCCGGACAUUUCUCUACUACAAACAGGUAACCUUUUCGACACCGCAACAGAUCAUCUGAUAGAUGCAAACCCGGAUUUUUCAGCUUGAAUCUCACAUCCUGCACCAGUGUUCUUAGCGGAUAGAAACAUCCUCUCCUUUGAAUAAUGUUCCCGCAAGAUCGGCGCGAGAACUUCAGCGUACCGGCAAGACGUAGACAUCCAUACCGUUUUCCCUUCAAGUUUGUGUUGUUUCAUGCAUUUUCCAUUUAACCUCAAAUAACAAAAACCUCCAGAUUGCUUCACGAUGAUUUCCCUCCGUAUCCACUGCAUUAUUUAAUUAGCGGGGUAUCCACUCUGCAGACAUUCUCUUGCCUUUGUUUUUCCUCCACGAUUGUACUUUUCCACGUGAUUGUGUGCUUGCCAGCAGUGUUUCGUCUUAAGCCACGCAGAG